UAUCUAUCCAUUCGAUUUCCCAUUAAUUCUUACAUCUAUACUUCUCCAUUUCCUCUUCGCUUCACUUCAUUCCCAACCCCCUCUCUCUCUCUCUCUAAAAAAAACUAAAAAUAAAAAUAUAUCAAUGGGUGAUAUUUCAGUGUCCAAUAUCAAUGGGAAUGCUACUGUUCAUCAGAGGAAGAGCUGUUGGUAUGAAGAAGAAAUUGAAGAGAAUUUGAGAUGGUGCUUUGCCCUUAAGAGUAUAUUACACACAGGUGCUUCUCAGUAUCAGGACAUUCAACUUCUUGACACCAAACCAUUUGGCAAGGCAUUAGUGAUUGAUGGGAAGCUUCAGAGUGCAGAAAUAGAUGAGUUCAUCUACCAUGAGUCUUUGGUCCAUCCUUCUCUCCUCAAUCACCCCAAUCCAAAAACCAUAUUCAUAAUGGGAGGAGGUGAAGGUUCCACUGCAAGAGAAAUUCUCAGACACUCCACUGUAGAAAAAGUCAUUAUGUGUGACAUAGAUGAGGAAGUGGUUGAGUUUUGCAGGUCACACUUGUUGGUCAACAGGGAAGCUUUCUUUGAUCCAAGACUGGAGUUAGUAAUCAAUGAUGCAAGGGCUGAACUUGAGAGAAGAGAAGAGAAAUAUGAUGUAAUAAUAGGGGACUUAGCAGAUCCCAUAGAAGGAGGUCCAUGCUUCCAACUCUACACCAAAUCCUUCUAUGAAUUCAUCAUCAAACCUACCCUCAAACCUAAUGGAGUUUUUGUCACACAGGCCGGACCAGCGGGGAUUUUCAGCCACACCGAAGUCUUUUCUUGCAUCUACAACACUUUGAGACAAGUUUUCAAAUAUGUUGUCCCUUACUCGGCUCACAUCCCUUCCUACGCCGACACUUGGGGAUGGAUCAUGGCUUCGGAUUCACCAUUAAUAGCAAAUGCUGACGAAUUGGACAUCAGAAUCAAGCAGAGAAUUAAAGGGGAGAAUCGAUAUCUUGAUGGCAAGACAUUCGUUUCAUCGUCUACCUUAAGCAAAGCUGUCCGAAAAUCUUUGGACAAUGAGAGUCAUGUGUACACAGAAGGGAAUGCAAGGUUCAUAUAUGGCCAUGGAAGUGCUUACAGACAGGUCAAUUAAUCCAGGAUUUAAUUAAAAUAUUUAAGAAAUGAGGUUUUGAGAAGUACAGAGGUGGUCGAGAAGAAGACAUUAUUAACUAAUAUUAUGAAUUAAAUUAAAGUGAAGCAGUUUGAGGAUCUCUUGUGAUCUUUUGCUAGCUCUUGUCUUAUUAUUUAUUAAUGUUGUUUUUUUUUUUAAAAAAAUGUAUUAAUUUUCUUUUUAAAAAAUAUUAUAUAUGUAAGUUAAUGCAACUUUAUUAUAUAUAAAUAU